GCGCGCGCAUCGCAGGGCAGCAGCCCUGGGUCGCUGGGGCCAGGGCAUAGGACUGCCACCCGCUAUGGACCGCGCCGGGGAUGAUAUGGACUCGCUGCCGCAGGUAUCAGCCUCUGAAGGUUCCUGACCCUGCCCUGGACUACUGUCCCUUCACAGAUUCCCAUCAGGCUGGACUCUGCAAACCUGCUUCCGCAAUGGGUAAUGAGGAUCUGUGGGUGCAGCCAGCCUUGGAGAUGCCGAAGAGACGGGACAUCCUUGCGAUAGUCCUCAUUGUGCUUCCCUGGACACUGCUCAUCACCGUCUGGCACCAGAGCAGCCUCGCACCUCUGCUUGCUGUGCACAAGGAUGAGGGAAGUGACCCCCGCCAUGAGUCACCACCCGGUACAGACCCUAGGGAGUACUGCAUGUCCGACCGUGACAUCGUGGAGGUGGUGCGCACAGAGUACGUGUACACAAGGCCGCCACCGUGGUCCGACACGCUACCCACCAUCCAUGUGGUGACACCCACCUACAGUAGACCGGUGCAGAAGGCAGAGCUGACGCGAAUGGCCAACACACUAUUGCAUGUGCCCAACCUUCACUGGCUGGUGGUGGAGGAUGCUCCACGCAGGACGCCCCUCACAGCGCGCCUGCUGCGCGACACUGGUCUCAACUACACACACCUGCACGUAGAGACACCACGCAACUACAAGCUGCGAGGUGAUGCCCGAGACCCUCGCAUCCCACGUGGCACCAUGCAGCGCAACCUGGCCCUGCGCUGGCUGCGGGAGACCUUCCCACGGAACUCUACUCAGCCAGGCGUAGUGUACUUCGCGGAUGAUGACAACACGUACAGUCUGGAGCUCUUUGAAGAGAUGCGCAGCACGAGAAGGGUGUCCGUGUGGCCUGUGGCCUUCGUUGGUGGCCUUCGGUAUGAGGCCCCACGGGUGAAUGGGGCAGGGAAAGUGGUUGGCUGGAAGACAGUCUUCGACCCCCACCGGCCCUUUGCAAUAGAUAUGGCUGGAUUUGCCGUCAACCUCCGACUCAUCUUGCAGCGAAGCCAGGCCUACUUUAAACUGCGUGGUGUGAAGGGGGGCUACCAGGAAAGCAGUCUCCUUCGAGAACUUGUCACUCUCAAUGACCUGGAGCCCAAGGCAGCAAACUGUACCAAGAUCCUGGUCUGGCAUACACGAACAGAGAAGCCAGUGCUGGUCAACGAGGGGAAGAAGGGCUUCACUGACCCCUCGGUGGAGAUCUGAAACUAAACAUGCAGGAAUCUCCUUCUCAGACCCUGAUCUUGGCAUUCCAUCCUCUCCCAUGGCUGAUAGUCACUCUGAGGCAAACUCCUAAGGAACACCUCUUGUGUAUUCUGAAGGCUUCCAAAAGAGCCCAGCUUGAUGCCAGGAUAAAAGACAGAGAAUUUAAGCACAGACCCGUGGUUCUCUACAUCAACAUGGCCAGGGGCUUAAAAGACCCAAGGGCUGGGGAUUCCAGUUGCCAGCAAAGCCUGCACUCAGCACACCUCCUUGGAAGCUUCCUGUAUUGAUGGGGCUGUAUCAGCAGUGGACCGUGCCAUGGAGUAAUGCUGGGGUGAGGGAGGUCAGAAAACCUCACUGUUGAGUGUAGCAUGGCUCUCCAUGGCUCCCUGCUCUUGGGCCCAGCAUGACUAUACAGCAUGUGCCCAGCCAGGACAUUCCGAAGACCAGAGAGCGGCCUGGGGCAUGAAGAUGCCCCAACACUCCUUUCACACCUGCUCUUCCUCAGAGCUGCUCCCGAAUCAGAAAUACCUCUGGCUCUCCUCUGGUUCAUGUUUACAGGGCAUAAGGCUGUCUUGGAUCCCACCUGGCACCCAGCCCUGCAUUGGGGGAGCCUGAGCCUACCUACAGCUCCCCCUGUACCUCAGGCUGUAGGAGAACAAAGCUUUUACCCAUGUCCCUCAAGCCUCCUGUGCCAAAACUGGCAAGGUAGUGGGCCUAGAGACAGCACAGGUCAUGGAUUGACCUGGAUUAAGAACCAAGUCACCCCAGUGUCCACACUGCCUCUCCAAUACCCCUGGGCUGCAAUGCCCCUUGCUGGGUUUGGACUAAGGAGGCGAUUGCCC